CGCCACAGCGAGCGAGGAGGGGGAGAGAGGGAGUCUGUCUGCAAAGUGCUGCUCCCUGGUGCUCAGAGGCGGCUGCUCCAGCUCCAACUCUCAUUCAUUUCGCCGGUUAACAUGAGAGAUCAUGGCCGCCUUCGGGCUUCUCAGCUAUGAGCAGAGACCGCUGAAGCGCCCCCGGCUCGGGCCGCCCGACGUCUACCCACAGGACCCCAAGCAGAAGGAGGACGAGCUUACUGCUGUGAAUGUAAAGCAAGGCUUCAACAAUCAGCCGGCCUUCACUGGAGAUGAACAUGGGUCUGCCAGAAAUAUUGUAAUUAACCCAUCAAAGAUUGGAGCUUAUUUUAGCAGCAUAUUAGCUGAGAAACUCAAGCUUAACACCUUCCAGGACACCGGAAAGAAGAAACCACAAGUUAAUGCGAAAGAUAAUUAUUGGCUGGUUACUGCUCGAUCCCAGAGUGCAAUUCAUAGUUGGUUUUCUGACUUAGCAGGAAAUAAACCACUUGCUAUUUUGGCCAAAAAGGUUCCCAUCCUUAGUAAAAAAGAGGAUGUUUUUGCAUAUCUAGCUAAAUAUUCUGUGCCCAUGGUUCGAGCAACGUGGCUGAUCAAGAUGACUUGUGCCUAUUAUUCUGCUAUAUCUGAAGCUAAAAUUAAGAAACGUCAGCCUACUGAUCCCAAUUUGGAGUGGACCCAAAUAUCUACGAGAUAUCUUCGAGAACAGUUGGCCAAGAUUUCCGACUUUUACCACAUGGCCUCCAACAUGGGCGAUGGCCCUGUCCCUGUGCCCCCGGAGGUGGAGCAAGCCAUGAAACAAUGGGAAUACAACGAAAAGCUAGCAUUUCACAUGUUCCAGGAAGGAAUGCUAGAAAAACACGAAUAUUUGACAUGGAUCCUGGAUGUUUUGGAAAAAAUCAGACCCAUGGAUGAUGAUCUUCUUAAACUCUUGUUACCACUAAUGCUGCAGUAUUCAGAUGAGUUUGUUCAGUCGGCCUACCUGUCUCGUCGUCUUGCCUACUUUUGUGCCCGGCGUCUUUCCUUGCUGCUGAGCGAUAGCCCCAACCUCCUUGCUGCCCACUCACCCCACAUGAUGAUAGGACCAAACAACUCGAGUAUCGGGGCCCCCAGCCCUGGCCCCCCCGGCCCUGGCAUGAGCCCCGUGCAGCUGGCCUUCUCAGAUUUUCUUUCCUGUGCACAGCACGGUCCCCUGGUUUAUGGACUCAGUUGUAUGUUGCAGACUGUCACUCUCUGUUGCCCAAGUGCCUUGGUGUGGAAUUAUUCCACAAACGAAAAUAAGAGCACGAACCCAGGCUCGCCCCUGGAUCUGCUGCAAGUGGCCCCUUCUAGCCUGCCCAUGCCGGGUGGGAACACAGCUUUCAACCAGCAGGUUCGGGCAAGGAUUUAUGAAGUGGAACAACAGAUAAAACAAAGAGGUCGUGCAGUGGAAGUUCGGUGGUCUUUUGACAAGUGCCAAGAGUCAACAGCAGGGGUGACUAUUAGUCGGGUUUUGCACACACUGGAAGUUUUGGAUCGUCACUGUUUCGACCGAACUGAUUCCAGCAAUUCAAUGGAAACGCUUUAUCAUAAGAUUUUCUGGGCAAACCUAAACAAGGAUAACCAAGAGGUUGCCCCCAACGAUGAAGCCGUGGUGACGUUACUGUGUGAGUGGGCUGUGAGCUGUAAACGGUCAGGCAAGCACAGGGCCAUGGCGGUGGCAAAACUCUUGGAGAAGAGGCAAGCAGAAAUCGAGGCAGAGAGAUGUGGUGAAUCAGAAGUCUUGGAUGAGAAGGAGUCUAUUUCUUCAGCCUCUCUUGCUGGAUCUAGUUUGCCUGUUUUCCAGAAUGUUCUGCUAAGGUUUUUAGAUACACAGGCCCCCUCAUUGUCGGAUCCUAACAGUGAAUGUGAGAAGGUGGAAUUUGUGAACCUGGUGCUGCUGUUUUGUGAGUUCAUCCGCCACGACGUCUUCUCCCACGAUGCAUAUAUGUGUACCCUCAUAUCUCGUGGAGACUUGUCGGUCACUGCCUCCACCAGGCCGCGGUCACCAGCAGGGGAAAAUGCAGAUGAACACUAUUCAAAGGACCAUGAUGUGAAAAUGGAGGAGCAGAGUAUUAUGGCGCAUAUGGGCAUUGACUCAGGAACCACUAACAUUUUUGAUGAAGUAGACAAGAGUGACUUUAAAACUGACUUUGGUUCGGAAUUUCCAAUUUUUUCUCCCAUGCCUGGAGAGUCCUGUGAGAAUGCCAACACUUCCUUGGGCAGAAGAAUGUCGGUUAAUUGUGAGAAGUUAGUGAAGAGGGAAAAACCAAGGGAAUUAAUUUUUCCAUCUAAUUAUGACCUCCUCCGUCACUUGCAGUAUGCAACACAUUUUCCUAUACCUCUGGAUGAAUCUUCAAGUCAUGAAUGUAACCAGCGCACAAUCCUUCUCUACGGAGUUGGCAAGGAGCGUGAGGAGGCAAGGCAUCAGCUGAAGAAGAUUACCAAAGAUAUCCUGAAAAUCCUAAAUAAGAAGAGCACCACAGAGACAGGGGUUGGGGAUGAAGGACAAAAAUCCAGGAAGAACAAACAAGAAGCAUUUCCAACACUGGAGACUGUGUUCACAAAACUCCAACUCCUUUCAUAUUUUGAUCAGCAUCAAGUGACAUCACAGAUCUCUAACAACGUGCUGGAACAAAUCACAAGCUUUGCUUCAGGAACGUCCUAUCAUCUCCCAUUGGCUCACCACAUUCAGCUCAUCUUUGAUCUCAUGGAGCCAGCACUGAACAUCAAUGGACUAAUCGAUUUUGCAAUACAGUUACUAAAUGAACUGAGUGUUGUGGAAGCUGAGCUGCUCCUAAAAUCCUCCAGCCUGGCAGGAAGUUACACAACGGGACUGUGUGUCUGCAUCGUGGCUGUUCUCAGGAGAUAUCAUAGUUGUCUGAUCCUGAAUCCUGAUCAGACAGCCCAGGUGUUUGAAGGGUUGUGUGGUGUGGUAAAGCAUGUUGUAAACCCCUCAGAAUGUUCUUCCCCUGAAAGAUGCAUCUUAGCCUACCUCUAUGAUCUUUAUGUGUCAUGUAGCCACCUCAGAAGUAAAUUUGGAGACCUCUUCAGUAGUGCCUGUUCAAAAGUAAAGCAAACCAUAUAUAAUAAUGUGAUGCCUGCAAAUUCUAACUUGCGAUGGGAUCCAGACUUCAUGAUGGAUUUUAUCGAGAAUCCCUCCGCCCGUAGCAUCAACUACUCAAUGCUGGGCAAGAUCCUCAGUGACAAUGCAGCCAAUCGCUACAGCUUUGUCUGCAAUACACUCAUGAAUGUAUGUAUGGGCCAUCAGGAUGCUGGAAGGAUUAACGACAUAGCCAAUUUCUCCUCUGAGCUGACGGCUUGCUGCACUGUUCUCAGUUCCGAAUGGCUGGGGGUUCUGAAAGCUCUUUGUUGUUCUUCCAAUCAUGUGUGGGGGUUUAAUGAUGUACUUUGCACUGUAGAUGUGAGUGACCUUUCAUUCCAUGAUUCAUUAGCUACUUUCAUUGCUAUUCUGAUAGCACGACAGUGUUUUUCCCUGGAGGACGUCGUGCAGCAUGUUGCACUUCCCUCUCUCCUAGCAGCAGCUUGCGGAGAUGCGGACGCCGAGCCCGGGGCCAGAAUGACGUGCCGACUCCUGCUCCAUCUCUUCCGAGCUCCCCAGGCCUGCUUCUUACCUCAAGCAACGGGCAAACCUUUCCCUGGAAUAAGAUCAUCUUGUGAUAGACACCUCUUAGCCGCUGCUCACAACAGCAUUGAAGUGGGAGCCGUGUUUGCUGUUUUAAAAGCAAUCAUGAUGCUUGGAGAUGCCAAAAUUGGCAGUAACAAUGUCAGCUCUUUAAAGAAUGAUGACUUCACCAUGAGAGGUUUACGACGUGAUGUGAAUGCUGAUGAUAUCUGGACUGCCACACAAAAUUCAAAAGCCUGUGGGAAAAGCAUUUCCAUAGAAACCGCUAACUUAAGAGAAUAUGCUAGAUAUGUAUUGAGGACUAUCUGUCAACAGGAAUGGGUAGGAGAACAUUGCUUAAAAGAACCUGAAAGAUUAUGUACAGACAAAGAACUUAUAUUGGACCCUGUGCUUUCGAAUAUGCAAGCACAGAAACUGUUGCAGCUUAUCUGUUAUCCUCAUGGCAUUAAAGAAUGUACCGAGGGGGACAACCUGCAAAGACAGCACAUUAAGCGCAUUCUUCAGAAUCUUGAGCAGUGGACACUGAGACAGUCCUGGCUAGAACUCCAGUUAAUGAUCAAACAGUGCUUGAAGGACCCUGGCUCUGGUUCUGUGGCUGAAAUGAACAACUUACUGGACAAUAUUGCAAAGGCAACAAUAGAGGUAUUCCAGCAGUCUGCAGACCUGAAUAAUAAUUCUUCUAAUUCUGGCAUGAGCCUCUUCAACCCAAGUGGAAUUGGAAGUGCUGAUACAAGUAGCACACGACAGAAUGGAAUAAAGACAUUUCUAAGUUCCUCUGAACGCAGGGGUGUGUGGUUGGUGGCCCCCCUCAUCGCCAGGCUGCCCACUUCUGUGCAAGGGCGAGUACUGAAAGCUGCUGGGGAAGAGCUGGAGAAAGGACAACACUUGGGUUCUUCUUCAAAAAAGGAAAGAGACAGACAGAAACAGAAAAGUAUGUCUCUUUUGAGUCAACAACCUUUCCUCUCACUGGUACUUACCUGCCUUAAGGGACAAGAUGAGCAACGGGAAGGCCUCCUAACAUCUCUCCAGAAUCAAGUUAACCAGAUUUUAAGUAACUGGAGAGAAGAACGAUACCAAGAUGACAUAAAAGCACGGCAGAUGAUGCAUGAAGCAUUGCAACUCCGCCUAAAUUUGGUAGGAGGAAUGUUUGACACGGUGCAGAGGAGCACCCAAUGGACGACAGACUGGGCCCUCCUACUCCUGCAGAUAAUUACUUCAGGGACCGUUGACAUGCAUACGAACAAUGAAUUAUUCACAACUGUUCUUGACAUGCUGGGUGUUUUAAUCAAUGGAACAUUAGCCUCUGACCUAUCAAAUGCGUCCCCAGGGGGAUCUGAAGAGAACAAACGUGCAUACAUGAAUUUAGUAAAGAAACUGAAAAAAGAGUUAGGAGACAAGCGAUCAGAAAGUAUUGACAAAGUUCGACAGUUGCUACCUUUGCCGAAACAGACAUGUGAUGUCAUCACUUGUGAACCUAUGGGUUCCUUGAUCGACACAAAGGGAAACAAAAUUGCUGGAUUUGACUCUAUAGAUAAAAAACAGGGCCUCCAGGUCUCUACGAAGCAGAAGGUGUCUCCAUGGGACUUGUUUGAGGGUCAGAAGAACCCAGCUCCUCUGUCCUGGGCCUGGUUCGGGACUGUCCGAGUGGACCGGAAAGUGAUCAAGUAUGAAGAGCAGCAUCACCUCCUUUUGUAUCACACACACCCCAUGCCCAAGCCCCGAAGUUACUACCUCGAGCCACUGCCCCUGCCUCCCGAGGAGGAAGAGGAAGAGCCCACAUCUCCAGUCUCUCAGGAACCAGAAAGGAAAUCAGCCGAGCUGUCAGAUCAGGGAAAAACCGCAACAGAUGAAGAGAAGAAAACAAAGGGAAGGAAGCGCAAGACGAAGUCAAGCUCAAGAGUUGAUGAAUAUCCACAGAGCAACAUAUACCAAGUGCCUCCUAAUUACUCACCCAUCUCCUCCCAAAUGAUGCACCAUCCACAGUCCACAUUGUGGGGUUACAACCUCGUGGGCCAGCCCCAGCAGCCCGGCUUUUUCCUGCAGAACCAAUCUCUCACUCCAGGUGGCUCCAGAUUGGACCCUACGGGCUCCUUUGUCCCAACUAAUACCAAACAAGCUCUGUCGAACAUGCUGCAGCGGCGCUCGGGCGCCAUGAUGCAGCCACCCUCCCUUCAUGCAAUCACGUCCCAGCAGCAGUUGAUACAGAUGAAGCUUCUGCAGCAGCAUCAGCAACAGCGGCUUCUCAGGCAAGCCCAGACUCGGCCUUUCCAACAGGGCCAGCCGGGGGACCAGGCUGCUCUCUUUGCUGCACAAGCACGGCCCUCCCCUCAGCUCCCUCAGUAUCCAGGGCUGCAGCAAGCACAGACCAUGCCCCAGGGCUAUACGAUGUAUGGAACCCAGAUGCCUUUGCAGCAGACGCCGCAGCAGCAGGCUGGCAGUGUGGUCCUGUCUCCCAGCUAUAAUUCCAGAGCCUACUCGGCCGCACAUUCCAACCCUACGCUCAUGGAAAGACUCAGACAGAUCCAGCAGCAGCCCAGUGGCUAUGUUCAGCAGCAGGCCUCGCCAUACCUGCAGCCCUUGGCUGGCUCUCAGAGACUGAACCAUCAGGCUCUACAGCAGAGCCCUCUGGUAGGUGCAGGAAUUGAUGCUGUGCUGACUUCUGCACAUCCAAACCUUCCCUCGGUGCCCCUUCCUCAGGACCCAAUGAGGCCCAGACAGCCACAAGUUCGACAGCAGCAAAGACUCCUCCAGAUGCAGCAGCCCCAGCAGCCCCCCCAGCCCCAGCAGUCCUCACAGCCCCAGAGUCAGACCCUUGGUCUCCAAGCAAUGCAGCCCCAGCAGCCUUUGUUUCCCAGGCAAGGCUUGCAGCAGACCCAGCAGCAGCAGCAGACAGCCGCCCUGGUGCGGCAGCUUCAGAAACAGCUUUCUAGUAACCAGCCACAGCAAGGAGUGACUUCCUAUGGGCAUCCUUCACACUUCUGAAUCUGCAAGAGGAGAAGACAUGAAGUCUUGUGUUUGCACUGAAAAAUAGAAAAUCGAAUUUAAUGCAUUAGUCAUCCUUAAAAAUGUCCCUUUGUUCUUUCAUUUCUUUGACAUUUUACCAUAUUUUAUGCUACAUCUCACACAAAGGUAUUUAAACAAAAAGCCAAGGAAAAGUUGUGGUUUGAUUUUUGUCACAUUCAACUUUAAAGCAGGUUUAAAAAUAUGGAUCAUGCAGGCCAACUUCAGGAAGAGUGUAGUAGCAGACCUUUUGAAAUUGGUGCUUUUUUGAAUCUCAUAUUUACAGAAAGAGUGAAUUAUGGUGGAUUUAAAAUGUUUAUCUAUUUUAUUCAUUAAUGGUGAAGAUUUUCUUUUUUUCUUUUUUUGUCCCCAACCUGUGCUGGACCAAACUACUGAUUUUGAAAGGCUUGUCAGAUCUUGACAGGAAAGUGACCCAUUUAUUUUGCAUUCAUCUGUGAUGGUGAAAUGGACAUUUAUUUGCAUCACUCUAAUUUGAAAUGUUUAAAAUUUCACAAGCACUUUAUAAACUUUGUUCUUAUUUAUUUAGGACUUUGCUUUUGUUGUGGUCAAAAGGUGCUGAAACAGAUUGUUGCUUAAUAUUUAGACUUCUUAAACCAGUAACUUAAACCAAGUUUUCUUUGAGAGCCACCCUGAGACGUGCAGAAGCCUAUUAGAAGUAGCUGUACUCAAAUUUGUUUUCAGUGGCAAGAUUGUUGGCCAGAGUCUUUGUGAAGGUACAGCAUGUAAACUCGAAAGGCCUGAAAGAACCAUAGUGGAAUCAUUCCAAUUAUCUAUUGCCAGUUUUGGUUCCUCUGAACCUUAUGCCAACUUGAUGGGGGAAAAAAAAAAUCAGCAGCUGGCCUGAGAUUCCACAGAGCUCAAUCUUGACAUGGUUUCUAGAGAAUCUGGCCCCAAAGUCCAGAAGGCUCUGGUUAUCAUAAAAGGUGUAUUUGCUGUUUAUUUUGUAUGGUAAGUAUUUGCUAUUUUGAAUUUAAUUAUUAAUGUUGGUGUCAGUCUUGGUUGUGUAUUGCAUAUACUGUAUUUAUAAAUUGGUGCAAAAAGCACAAGUAAAUUAUACAUCAAAUUUAUUAUAAAGAAAUAGUAAAUAUUUUAACUUUGUUCAAGUAUGUGGUAAUUUGCUCCUAUUAGAGUAAAAAAAAUACAGUAAAUUAUUAUCAGUUUGUGUAACUUAAGAGUAUUCCAUAUAAUAUUUUUUUAGAUUUAGAUGCAUAAAAUUUUGAAUGUGAAAAUUGCAGGGCAUUUAAAAACAUGUGGGGGAUAUUUUCCCAUGUUCUGUGUUAAUUCAUUUUCUUUUGCCAUAUGAUUUUACAUGUAAUGUAGUCAAGCAUACUGUGAAUAGAUUUGUCUAUAAUGAGCAAACCAUGUAGAUCUACUUUUUUUAAAUGUAGCUAAAACAACCUUAGUAGACAAUUUCUUUUGCAAAUCAUUAUAUAAAUAAUUUAUCUUCCUCGGUGAGUUACUUAUUGCAAAGUUUGACUCAUGCAAAUGACCUCAAAUACAUGUCAGCUUACUUUGCUGUGGCAACAUCCAUGUGAACUGCUUUGUACACUGUGAAAAUAUUUCACUCCAGCCUGCUCAUUUUGUGUUUACUCUGGGCUGGAAAAGACUUUGCCAAAACAUUAAAGACCAUUCUUUUCACUAAAUUAACAUAGUCUAUCUGCUUUCAGAGGAUGUUUCUGUACAUUUCCGCUGGUUUUGUAUAUCAGGUUUUUUUCCUGUCAAGAAUCAUACUCUUGGAGUUCA